AGCGGUCGGGGCGGGCGCGGCGAUGCGCGCGGGGCGCGGGGCGCUGGGCGGGCGGCGGCGGCCGUAGGGGCAGCGGGACGGGACGGGGGAGCGGCGGGGGCGGCCGGCGGAGCCCCGCGGAAAGAUGAGCUUGUUGUCAGCCAUCGACACCAGCGCCGCGAACGUGUACCAGCCCGCCCAGCUCCUCAACUGGGUCUAUCUCUCGCUGCAAGACACGCACCAGCCCAGCGCCUUCGACGCCUUCCGACCCGAGCCCUCCCCGUCCCAGCACCCCGAGCUCGGCUACACCAAGAGCACCCCGGAGCUGGGCUCCUCGCUCAGCUCCAGCUAUCUCAACAGCUUCUUCCAGCUCCAGCGCAGCGAGGCUCUGAGCAGCAGUCUGUACAAGAGCGCAUCACCUUAUGGCUCUCUUAAUAACAUUGUGGAUGGGUUAAGCUCCCUCACCGAGCACUUCUCUGACCUAUCCCUUUCAUCAGAAGCCAGAAAACCCAGCAAGAGGCCACCUCCUAACUACCUGUGCCACCUCUGCUUUAACAAGGGACACUACAUCAAAGACUGCCCACAGGCUCGUCCAAAAGGAGAAGGUCUGACUCCAUACCAAGGCAAGAAACGCUGCUUUGGUGAAUAUAAGUGCCCCAAAUGCAAGAGAAAAUGGAUGAGUGGAAACUCCUGGGCUAACAUGGGACAAGAAUGUAUCAAGUGCCACAUUAAUGUUUAUCCUCACAAACAGAGACCCCUGGAAAAGCCGGAUGGCCUGGAUGUUUCAGAUCAGAGCAAAGAACAUCCCCAGCAUCUGUGUGAGAAGUGCAAAGUUUUGGGCUACUACUGCCGCCGUGUGCAAUAAACCUUCAGAGUGGCCUCUUCCCAUCCCCAUCAUCCUUAAAGAUCCUCUGGCAGCGUGUGAUCAACAGCAACACAUCAAGAUAAAUGCUAAAAUAAUUGCCAAUAUUGCCUAUCUAAUAAUAUGCCUUACCAUUAAUAGAAUGUAACAUUUCUCCUGUGCAUGCGCACACAUGCACCAGGUAUUUACAGGACUGUGAUUUGUAUACAUACAUAUAUAUGUAAUUUUUAUAUAUAUAUGUACACACAUAUAUAAAGCGUUACCGACAGUGUUCACGACAGAACUGUGGUUGCAGGUUCUGCUGAUUGUUUACACAGACCCUAUAUCAUGGCCAGGUGAAAUGAAGUACUAUUCAAUAGGCAAAGGUAUAAUAUUCACAAGGAAUGUUACAUGUACAGCUUUUGCAGAGGUUAAAUAACUGUGGGGCCACUAAUUGCAAACACUCACCCACAACAUGAGCAUUAUUCCUAUUAUAUGACAAGACAAAGGAAGAUGAAACAAGCCACUGCAUAAAAGAAGGAAAAUUGUUUUCCCAGUUUUAGAAAGUCUGAGAUUUUUGUGUCGCUGCUUUCUUGGACUUUUUCUCUUUGUUACCAUUGCUUGGGCAGGGCUUCAGCAAUAUCAUUUUUGCAGGAUGUGGCAAAAAAAAAAGUGAAUAAUUGUUUGAGGGUGUGGGUUUGGGUGGAAAGGGAGUGCCAUAAUGGGACCCAGAGCAUCAGGAAGGAUUCCAAGAGGACUUUGGAGGAGACAAAAUUGGCUUGCUUGUGUGACUAACAGAUCCUUCUCUUGUCAUAUAAUCAAUGGUCCCUGUAUGUGUAUGGGCUAUUUGUUAGGCCACAUGCACAUUAAAUUUACUGUGAAUAAGGGGAAAUAAUAAUAAUUAAAACUGUCCCCAAAACUCUUAGUUGAAAGAUUAGCCAAACUUACUAUUUAUGAGAGAUUUAAAGCCACUUUCUGGAAGUAUUUUUAUGUCCUGUUUUCUACUGUACAAAUUUGUUCUAAUAUAAAACUCAUUAGCCAUAGGGUUGUUUUCAGGAAUGGAGAACACUAUGUAACCUUCCCGCUUUAUGUCUUCUUGAAACACCUACAUAUUUGAGGAGACAUGUAGGAUUUCUAUUUCGUUGCCCCAUUUCAGGUAGAACUUUGUGCAGGGGCAUCCUGCUGCAAAGCAGUAUCUCAUCAGGGAUUGGGAAAUACCAUGAACUGAAAGUACCUCAAGACAGUAUCCUGUUUGUAUGUCUACAUCAGAGUACGUUGGCAAAAGGACACAACAAGCAAUUUACAUGCAUUAUUCACACAAAAAAAUUACAGGGAUAAUGUUUGUUUGGGUUUAUAAAUUAACAAUUUCUGGUUUUAUUAAGUUGCCUUUAGAGAGAUUGAUUUGUGUGAAUGAGACUUAGUGGAAAUACUUUAAAUCCUACGUAACUUGACGUGAAUUAAAUUUGUUUUGAGGAUUAAUUGCAUAAUGCCAAGACAGAGGGGUUUUUUUAUGCCAAGUUAAAGCAGGGUGUUACUGGUAUGUACAGUGAAGCUCUUGAAAGCAAAUUGAAAACUUACAGUGAGCAUUCAUAUAGAAAAUGUGAAGUGCUCUAACAAAUUUGCUCCAGGGUGAAACUUUUGCUAUUUCUCUGCUUUGCCAUCAGCAGGGCAAAAUCGUUUCUGCUUAUUCUGGUGGUGUCUUGUACCUAUCUCACAAACUUCAUUAUUUAUGGGUAGCCCAAGUGACCCAGCCUACUGGUCAGAGCAAUGGAUAAACUUGAAGACUCCUGGCUUCUGACCACAGCUCUUCCAUUAGCUCCCUGAUUUCGGGCAAGUCACAAGAUCCUUCUAGACCUCUGUUUCCCCAGCUGCAAAGUAGGGGUGAUAAUAAUACUCUAGUAUAGCUACCUUGCAGGAGAGUUGUGAGGCUUACUUAAUAUCUGUCAGUGCUUCGCCAUCACUGGAUGAAAAGUGCUAUGUAAUGCUGAAGUUAAUCACUUUGAAACUAGUUUUUGCCCAACUGGCAAUUCCAUCAACUAAAAUAGCUGAAAAUAACAUUCUUGAAAGUUAAGGCUAGUAACAGUUCUGUUGCCUCAGUGAAGAUACACAGUUUUAGCAUUUUCAGAUGCAAACACAUUCUUUUGCACAGACUUAUAAAUCACCUUAGAGACAAGUUCUCUAAACAAAGAUGCUAAUCUGCCCAGACAAAUAAGAAUAAGUAAAAACACAGGCAGAUCUAAGGGUGGAUUUUCAAAGCCUGACCUCUAGUAUCAAUCUUGGUAUUUUGUUUCAAGCACAAAUAAUAUUGAAAAAGACUCAUAGUAAACCAGAUCUAUUUUUUUUCUUCCUAAGCACUUAGUAGUACAUUAGCAAAAAUGUUGCCUCGUGCUUCACAUCCAGCUAAAGGACAUGUAGAGAAAACCCUUUAGAUUAAGAUAAGGGAAAAUGUUAUUUUAUUUUAUCCCUGAAACCAAGACAUUGCUAUCAACCAUUUUUUUCUGUGUUGAAAUAAUUUCUAUCUAUCUUAAAAUAACCACUAAACCAGUGAAAUAGCACAUCUGUUGAUAUAGCUACAAACCACCAGGUUCUGAACAACGACCAAUUCAAAGACAUCUCUACAUGCAAACAUUGCUAUUUUAAUGUCAAAAAAAUAUUUAUCAGUAUUCAACACUGUAUGGCAAUGCCUUUCGCUUAUGAAUUUCUAGCUUGUCCUUUAAAAUAAGGUUCCUAAAAAUACACAAAUGACUUUAAAACUAUUAAUUCCUGUAGGUAUAGAAUAAUAAUUCUUAAAAGCAUCAUUAUGAGAGCUCAGUAUUUAUAUCAGUGAUACUUUCCUAGGCAGCAAAGUAUUUAAGUAUUAUUUAGCAUAUUUGACUUAACAAGAAUAUAUUUUUCCCAUGCAGUUAUGUAGGAAAAAAGCAGAUAAAGAACAAAACACACAGGAAAGCAAUAAGUGACACUGCCAUAGUUCGUACUGCAUAAGCCAGAACCACAAAUUUAUCCGGGGUGGUAUAUAGCUGCGAUCAGGCCUCUGGUACCCCCUGGCUGGAAGCAGCCUGCUUGCCUUGCAUCCCUGCCAAAAGCAGGGUGGGGAGGGACAGUGCCCAGCAGUCCCUGCGGAGCAGCCUCAAGUUUUCUAUUCUCGCUGUACAGGGCUGAAACGUUGUCUCCGGCAGGAGCCGGCACCUGGGGAAGGUGGCAAGCUUGCACAAGGGGACUGUUCCUCUCUCCUUCCCCGUGUGACGUUUGUAGCAUCCAGCCUUGGGCACUUGCUUCAUGCUCGGCUGUAGAUAGUUUGUGGGUUACUGGAAAAACGUACCCUCAGAAGUAAUGCACAAUAGCUUAUGACCAUGGGCUUUUGGUUAAUGGCACAGAAGGGAAAAUUCUGAAUUUUAGUUUCAAAAUAGAUUUUAAAGCAAAUUCCUUCUCUUCCGCCUGCUAAGGUAAUUCACCCAUAGAUAUAACUCGCUCUCUCCAAAUUGGAAAAGCCUUUGAAAUUCCACUUUUUUUUUUUUUUACCAGAAAGAUGAGUUAAUUUCCCUCUUAGAUUUUUCUGAACGCUUUCUGAUGUCAUUUUUAACCAGCUCUGCAUUUAAAACAUCAGCUAGUAACCUUUAAGGCCUUUUGAGACAGUCUCAGCAGAAGUGAGGCAAGCAUCAGUAAAAAGAGUUUUAAAUGAAUGCAGGCCUCCCUCAACUGAGUGUUCUUUAGGGGCGUACUGAGACAAAUUUGGCUCUGUGCAUUUAUUUGGCAAGCUGUACUUUUAACCUCAGGUGCCUGCUGUUGCCUGCCUACCAAUCCAGCCAGCACACUUUUUUUCCCUUCCCCCCGCUUUGGAGAUUUUUUUAAACCUUCAGUUAUUUCUUAUUAAAAAAAACCCAACACUAAGCACAAUUUGUGUCCUGAAUCGGUCAGAACAUUUCACAUGGGAUUUGUCCUUGGCAUCGGCGCUGCUCUGGAGAGAAGUACCAGUGAUUUGAAAUGUGUGGUAGAGUCUUUUAGCUGCUUUAACUUGAUGCAGUUCCAAUGAAGUUGUUACAAAUACUUCAUUCAAUGGCAAUGAAGAAAAAUCCCUGGACUUCAAAGAAUGGCCCCAUUUUAGCCAGUUUCUACUGCUGCUACCACAGAUGUAAAAUUAUGCCACACAAGCAAAGUUUGAGGCCUUUUUGUCUCAAAAUUGCUUUUUUAAUUUCAGAUAAAUACACAAGAGUAUAUAUUAUUUCUGAAAAUAGGUGUAUUUUGAGGUUCCCCAUUAUAUGGGACUUAGUUUGUAAACUAAAAAUGUGAAGUUACGUACGUCUGAGAGAAGCCUUAUACCAAGAAGUAUUAUCUACAUUAUACCUUUUUGUAUACCGUGAGAUUUAGAUUAUACAUGGGUUGCACACCUGUGACGCUCUAGCAGUUACUCCAAAAACAAAGCUACUUCAAACAUUAAAAGCCGAGAGCUUUUGGGAAUGCCAGACUUCCUAAACGAGUUCUUUGUCCUGCAGUCACGUAGACUAUUUUUUCCCCAGUAUGGACCCUAAGAGUUGUCCACUGAACAGUAUGCAAUAAAUCAUCGUUUGUUUUUCAAGUUAAGUGAAUUGACAUACAUUUUCCACUUGCCUUUGCCAACAUAUUUUAAACUGUGAUGGAACUACACCCAUACACAAAUCAUUAAGCUAUCACUCCACUCCCAUUGGGCUUCCACACAUCUCCCUUUCCUAUCUGCAAAACCACUGCUGUCCAUUCAGUUUGCUACAUCGCUGAAGUGCUCAGAGGGCUGGUUGAGAUCUUAGAUAUAGGGCUGAUGGUUUGUGUUUCUAGGAUGAAUUUCAAAGGGACAAUCGUGUGCAGUUACUAGCUAUAGUUGAUUGAUAUAAAUGUUUACCCCUGUAUGAAGUAUUUUACAGUUUUACUUGCUGAUGUGUAUUUAUCUUGAGUUAUACUUGACAUAGAGUUUCUUUCAAUUUUUUUUAAUACUAUGUGUGUAUUUUGGAAACCUUUUUAGAUGUUAAAAUUUUUGAAUGGUUACAAAUAUUUCUUGUAAUACUGAAUUGUUAUCUGGGAACUCUUUGCAGUAACUUUUUUGUAUAUAUUUGAGGGCCUUUUUAAAAAAGUAUUGUUUGUUUUUUGGGGAAAAGUUUUUACAAUUUGGAAGCUUUCAGAAGGGCCUUUCUCUCAACUAGGAUACUAAUAGGUAAGAGUUUUCUUAAGUAUUUUGCAGAACUAAGGAUGUAUCCUCAAGAAAAUAUUUAUGGAAGUAAUUUACUUUUUUUUUUUUUUUACAAUGCUUUUGUCUGUAUAAAGUAUGCAACAGAACUACGUUAAGAAGGAAAUAUUGUCUACAUAAAAUAUUAUAUGAAAGUUGGUACAUAAUUCUGACAAAAAAAACCUUGCAAUUCUUUAAGCCAUAUUGUUUUUGUUAUCCUUGGAUGAAAAUAUCAGUAUUAAGUAACCAAUAUAUUAUUCAAGUGCUUAGACUUAUAUGGAAAUGCUUAUAUGGUUUAUUUAUGUGUAUUUGAGGAAGGAUUGCUAGGAAAAGCUAUCACUAGACAUAUAGCAAGUGAGGAGCAAAUAACAGUAAACUGUGUCACUUUAUGGCCUCAUGAGAGACACAGAAAAUGCUGAAAGCACCAUAGAGACUCGGCUUUCAGAAACUCCGAAGCACAAGCAUUGGGUUUCAAAUGGUGGUUCUUUCCUUUCCUGUGAGCAGAGGGGAAGAGAGCUGUUUGGGACACUGUCUGACAACUUGACUUUCACACCUCCUCGCAGACUGUGAGCUCAGCUAUGCAGUAUCAGCUACAGCAAUAAUAUCAAUCAAAAGAUGCAAGAGAAAAGGAUUGAAGUAGAUUAUUUUAGGGAGUUACAUUUAUUUUAAUUAGAACUCAUAGCAAUAUAGAAUAUGCAUGUGCACGUAUUUGAAGCAUUUUUACACUUUACAUUUCAUGUAGUUUGAUUAUAUUAUGAAGGACUGGGUUUUUAGUUUGAUAUUUUACCAUGAUAAAAUGGGAGGUCUGUCCAACCCUGUACUGAAUUCUUGUUUCCUUUAAAAGGUUAUUUAGUACAGCACUCACUGCCUUGUGUACUAGUGCUAAAACUAACACUGUAUCUUAUUAAUUUCUUCAGCUGUAGAAAGAUUAACCUAAUUAUUAUUACAUUUGUUUAGCUGUACUCACUGACCUUGUCAGAUUCAGUUGACAAUUUGUAUAAUUUCUUUUUCUGUAACUGUUAAUAAACUUGUACAGCUAAAAGAAACAAACAAAACCUAUGGACAAAGGCCUCAGAGGUACCAGUUCUGCUUCAGCAAUCAAGAUGACAGCCUGCUCGUCUGGUGACUGUGUUGCUAAAAAGACUGUAAAACCUCUGUUGUGGAUUGUCCAUAAAAUGGCAUUCCGACAUGUGCCUUAUUUGCUGGAUAGUAUACAGUUUUCCUCUAGUAUUCUAGCAUUUUAAUGCUGUAUUAAAGUACUGCAAA